CUUAAAAAUUAAACUAAAACAACGCAAUGUCACGCCUGGUUCAUCGCCUAAAUUUAACCUUUUCGAGACUUUCUGCCCUGAGGAACAUUCGGAAACGCAGUUUCUCCCUACAAAGACCACUAAACCUUAAAGACAAAAAUUUCUGCAGCAAACUCCAAGUAAAAACAUUUCGCACAAGUUCUGCUCUACCGCAAGAAAUACCGAUCGACUAUGACGGCGACAUUGAACCAAAUAUUCUGGAAUUUGACGAAUUUUUCGAAGAAAAUCAGGAACUUCGUUACACUUUGUAUCCCGACAAUUUUACGGAACUCCAAAAAUUGAAUGAAGCUAGUUCAGUGGAGGAAAUUUUACGAGUAAUUUCUGAAAAAAGCGACUCGGAAAUCACCAAAGAAGUCGUUUGUCAGACAGUUAUCGUGCUCUGGCAAACCCUGAAACCCCAAGCAACCGAACAUUAUGGACCGGUUCAAUGGAGGCCGAAAAUAGAAGAGCUCAAUUCCAUCCAAAAAUCAGUAUUUAUGUCGCCGGAAAUGACGAGAGUGUUGCAAAAGUUGCAAGAAUUCGUAGAAGAUGGAAAAUUAUCGUUUGAUGAAAUGAGUUGUUGUCUCAUGUAUUUGAACAAACUAGGCAUGCAAAUCCGCAAUCCUUUACAGCAAAAAGUCAUCGAAACAUUUCUCGACAAAUUUCAAGCUGAAUCUGAUGCUGUAACAAUGUCCGCUGUAUCUCGCUUCGUCGUUUCGAUAUUUUCCGAGACCGGGCUCUAUCCGUACUUAACCUGCAUCAAAAUUAUUCCGUAUCUCAACGAUUGUCUUUUACGGUGUACCGACCGAGAAAUUAUUCGUUUCAUCACAAUUUGCUUCCUGAACCUCGCUGGAAUGAUUCCCGACGACAUGAAACACUUGUACAAGUCAAAAGUCGAGGAACUCGUGAAAACCGGCGUCCUAAAUGACAAAACGAUCAAAACAAAUUUAAAAAUCCUGCUUUACUUGUACGAUCCCGAAUGGACAAUCGAUAAUACGAAGCUAACACGUGACUUAAUCCUGUUGACGCAACAGGAAGUGCCCACUUUGACAGCCAAACAGAUCUUUUAUUUGUUCAAACAUAUCCGAAGUAGUUGUGAACCGUGGAAUUUCAUACCGGAAAUCGUGAAACGAGCCAAAGAAUUGAUGACAACGACGCCAUGCCCUGAAUUAAUUUCUUGUUUGACGCUGGAAAUGUUGCCGGACCGCCAAAAAGCGCUCGCCAUGGAACUCAAGUCAUCCGCGAACGACUUGCUGGAGAGUCCGACGAAUUUUUUGAUGUUUUUCUACGUGUUGCGACAACUGAAAAAAGUCGAUACGGACUUGUGUUACCAGUUUUGGGACCGAAUUGUGCAAUUUAUCGAAUCAAAUGCGGAAAAUUUGGACAUUUCAAACACAUUCCGGCAAAUUCAUCGUUACAUGCAUUUCAACAGCAACUUUAGCGGGACCUUUCGGCACAAAAAAUUCGAAAAAACAAUUUUGGAUUUUUUGUAUCACGAUAUUCAGCAUGGCACGACAGCAUUGAUGCCGUCACCGUUUUCACGAGCAACGGCCUUUAUUGUCGCAUAUUCGAAUAUUUUUACGGCGGACAAGGAAUUGGGCAAUUAUGUAUUGGAGAAAAUGGAAGAUAUGUGGGAGCAGUUUAACAUCUACGAUUGUCUGCAGAUGUCUAAAGGAGUCCAAAUCGCGUACGGAUUGCGAUACAAAAAUUACAUUUCCGCAUCGGAAGCGCCGUAUCUCCUGAAAUUCGAGGAAAUUUUGAACAAAUGUGCCGAACGACAUUUGGCACUGCCGCAUCUAAGCAUCACUGACGUCGGUUUCAUCCUGAAAUCCUUCAACAAGAGAAAAUGUUCGCGAAAAAAUAACAUGUUCCAAAAAAUAAUCACCAAAUUUGACGAAGUUGUUGCCACAAGUGAACUCAGUUCGCGCAUCAUCCGCGAAGUUUGUGUCAAUCUAAUUGUCUCCUCGUAUCGCUCACCUGGUCUUUUCGACAAAAUCAUCGAAUACAUUUGUCGGAACAGUGAAUACGUGGGUGCUCUAACGCUCGAAAAAGUGUUGUGGUAUUUUUAUACGAUCGGAUAUUCGCCUGUAAAUGAGGAAUUUUUUGCCGUUGCAAACAAAAUUCUCAAACGUGAUUUUGACUUUUUGUCUAGUCUGAUGAUAAUUCAGUCGUGUCUCGCACUCACCUAUAUGAAGGCACUGGAUAAGGACAUGAUUUCGCAUGUUUUUAACAUAAAUUUCAUAAAACGCGUCGAAGAGGAAAUUCAAAAUUGUUACAAUAAGGCGAGGUAUCCCGAUCGAGUGCAAAAUUACUUGAUGGAGCUAAAUAGAGCGGUGUGUCUGCAUUAUCCGGAAGCGAAUGUUCCGUGGUUUCAGCAGAAUUAUAUCGAAGCACAAAUGGCAAAAGAACCAAAUUAUCAGACGAGAUUCAGUUCCGAUGUGAAAAAAGAACUGCUUGAACUCGUCAAAAAUCCAAGUCACUUGAAGCAGAGUCUUGUUACUCCUUACGGAUAUCGGAUCGACUAUGUGCUUUAUUUGAAUGACAAAAAGGAGUUUAUUGCACCACCACCAAUUGAAGACCAAAAAAUUUUAGAAAAAGUUACAAAAUUAGCCAUCGUGCCUCUUCUACCGAAAGCCUUUUGCGAAAAUUCCACAGAUCUCAAAGGCAGCGAAGCACUCAAAAAGUACCAUCUAGAGGUCUUAGGCUACAAAGUAGUUGUCCUUAUGCACAGAGAUUGGUAUUCCAUGUAUCUAAAUCUGCCGGGAGCGAGACAAGAAUACCUCAAACGCUUGUUAGGAGUGUCAUGAUGACCGCUUUUUAGAGUAAAAGACUAAAAUUUUAUAUAGAAACGCUUAACAUUUUGUAAUCUUAUUUAAUUUCUAAAUACACUAGUUUACAUUUUUGUUCUAAAUUUUAAAUUACAAAAAAAUAAAAACAAUAAUUUUUGAUCAAA